GAUUGUCUUUGACUGAAUAAUGAAGCAGCCAUUUGUAUCGGUUUCUUUCCUGGUCAAUAGCCAAUGGAUAUUCUCGAGCAACGCUCUGCUUUCAAAGCUGAACGUUAAGAAUAAACACCAUAACUUGUUGAAAAUUUCAAGAAGAAACUGUUGUUGCAGUGCCUCUCUUAUUGAAGAGUUUCAAAAAAAGCUCAACAAUGGACAGGUACAAGAAGCUUUUCUUUUAUUCAAGCAACUACCCUCUAGUUCUUUCUCGGAAGUGAAAAGUGGUUUUCAGUUGUUGAACGUAGUAUCUACUCUAGUUCUCAAACGCCAUUACUCGAAUCAAGUCCAAGUUGCUGAAGUUUAUGACGAGUUGAAGAAAAAGAAUUGUUUGAAAGCUUUUAGUGUCAUUGAUUCCGAAGAGAAACUUCCAGAACCGGUAAGAUAUUUUGUGAAUUGCGUUCCCGUCAUUAUCGACUUGGUUUCUUUUGCAAAGAGUAAACAAAUUGGUCUCGACAAACUAGUGGAAACUGCAAAGAUACCGUUGGAAGCCUUGCGUCCUCGUUCUCAAUCUAUUUUUUCCUAUCAGUUGGCUGGAGUUGUUUUCAGUUUGAGUCUUAUAUUUUUUAGUCAUCUGUUUCAUAUCGAGAAUAUCAUAAGACCCAUUGGAAUAAGUCUUUUGGUUGGCUUCUUAUGUGAUCAAAUAGCGUUACAGGGUGCCAUAUUUGAAGAGCUAUACAAAAACUUGUUUCCUAUUUAUAAGAAAAAGGUUUUGAAACAUGAAGCCGGUCAUUUUCUUGUUAGCUAUUUAUUGGGUUGUCCUGUGAGAGGAAUUGUAUUGAGUGCAUGGGAGUCUUUGAGUCUCGGUAUUCCGGGACAAGCGGGUACAUUAUUCUUUGAUCGCAAGUUGGAGUCAGAGUUAUCGACUGGGUUUCUUACAGAUGCUACUAUUGAUAGGUAUUCUAUCGUAUUGAUGGCUGGCAUCGCUGCAGAAGCUUUGGAAUAUGGACAAGCAGAAGGAGGCCAAAGUGAUGAAGCAGCAUUAUUAAGAGUGUUGACAUGUUUGAAUCCUCCUUGGUCAAAGGAACGAGUAUUCAAUCAAGCACGUUGGGCGGUAUUACAGGCUAUUCUCAUCAUCAAGAAACAGAAAAAGGCAUACGAUGCUCUCGUUCAUGCAUUGUCAAGUAAAAAGCCGCUGGGGGACUGCAUUGCUAUGAUUGAAGCAAAUUAUGAGCCAUAAAUCUCUUAUUUUCUGUUUAGUAAUGCGAGAAAUACUCUUUUUGCAAAUAGAGACAAGGGAUUAUUCUGC